AUGCUUCAAUUUCUCUCCCUCUCUCUGUCUCCCGCAGAUGCCGAAUCAGACACUUAUUCAGAGGAUUCUCACUUUCAUUCCACUAUGGGGUCAAGAAGUGCUCGAAAUAGCAGUCGUCAACGCCGUCUUUUUCGAAGCCGCGUACGGAAUGGUCAAAAAUUGUCGUUGCGCCACUCCAGUUCACCAAAUCUUCCUCAGGGAAACUGUAUAGCCUGUGAGGAUGCUUCGAGUUCAGUUUCGCCACCGAAUUCACAAAACAUCAAAGCGUCUACUGACGAAACCACCCCUCGGAUAUCUCACGGUCCUCGUACACUUUCCGAUCCGGUUCGGUUCGGUUAUCCUGCUAAAGUAUUAGCCAACAUAGACGGCUACACCAUUCCUGCCAAUCCUGAUCCUACAUUGUCGUAUGCUUUCCCGCGAAUACGACGAUCCAGUGCAUCUACGGAGUUGAAUGCUUUAUUGGAGUUGGUUUCUUCGGUAGAAACGUUCCGCCAACGUCUAAAUGAGCACACCAACUUGGUUUGCACACAACUGUCGGCUGUCGAAAACUUAUUGUCAAAUCCAGAAGCAGAUCAGAUAUUAUCGAACCUAGCACGCGCUCAACCAAAUCCAAAUGAUUUAAAGACAUUGGGCACAACAGAUCCCAAACAGCUCGCUUCUCGCCUGCUGAUCACAGUUAAAGAAAAUCGAGCCAGCGUGAAGGAGUUUUACGCGGUAAGACACAGACAGUAUCACGUCAUGCCUGUCGUUAUUUCGGAGAACAAAAAGGACAUUAGUCGACACAAACUUUGGUCGUUUGCUGGAUUUUAUUGCCUAGUUCUGUGGUUUUCUGUAAAACAAAACUUUUUGAAAUUUCGGUGCACCACGACACAUUACUGA